AUGGCUCCUAUAUAUCAAAAGGCACUGGUCAUCGGCGCCACAUCUGGCAUCGGCCUGGCCUUUGCAGACAAGUUGAUUGCGAAUGGGACCAGGGUCAUUGCAAGUGGCCGGCGCCAAGAGCGGCUUGAUGCUUUCCAGGCCGCACAUCGUGAUGACAACGGCUUUGCCUUCACGGCAGCUCUUGAUCUGACAAAGCUUGCCUCAAUUCCCGAGUUUGCGGCAUCAGUGCUUGCAGAACACCCGGACCUUGACUGUGUCAUUCUCAACAGUGGCAUCCAGCGGGCUUUUGACUUCAGCAAGCCCGAGACUAUCGACUUGAGUGCUGUGGAUGAAGAGGUGACAACAAACUAUACCUCAUAUGUUCAUCUUCUGGUCGCAUUUCUCCCACAUCUGCAAAGGUUGGCUUCGCAGGAGGGCAAAACAGCACACCUGGUAUUCAUCAGCGCCACCAUGGGCCUGGUGCCGGGGCUCCUGCGCACACCAAAUUACAAUGCAACCAAGUCAGCCCUUCACUCACUUAUCAUGGCCUUACGGCAGCAGCUGGUAGAUGCUGGCUAUGGCCGUCUCCGUGUGGUGGAGGUGUUCCCGCCAGCAGUGCAGACGGAGCUACAUGACGAACGACACCAGCCAGAUCUGCUGAAUGGCGGUGAGAUUGGCAUGCCCCUGCAACAGUAUACCGACACCAUGUUCAAUGAGCUGGCCAAGGGUGCUGAGGAUUAUAUCGGCAUUGGGCAUGUCACAGCCUGGCUUGGAGAGGGCGGCUUCGAGAAUGAGCGGCAAAAGCUGUUCCAGAAGCAGCAUGUAGCGCUGAAGGAAACUCUGGAAAAGAGCAACAAUCAACCACCGCCUCCGCCUCCGCCCCAGAACGGCCGCGGCCGGCGGAACCGUGUCAUGGGCCCCCAAUCUGCUCUGACAGAUUACCUCUCGGCUCACAACAUCUCGGCGAGGGAGAUUGCAGAAUCCGCAGCGCGGCGACGAGCGCAAGCCGAAUCCUCCUCCGAAGCCAAUACUGGCACCACUGAGGAUUCCGCCAAUGCUACGAUUAGUACCGCCGCCGAUGAGAAGCGCAAAAAGCAGACUCAGGCUUUGAGAGAGAAAAUCAAGAAGUCCGAAGGAUACAAGAGGCGGGUGGAGUGGUCCGACGAAGAUGAGGAUGAAAUCCUCAGGCAGAUGGUCAAUCUUUCCGCGCCCCUGCCGGGCCAGAUGGAGAAUUGUGCCAUCUGCUCCAAGCGCUUCACUGUCACCCCCUACUCGCUUGCCGGCCCCAACGGUGGUCUCCUGUGCAGUCCCUGUGGAAAGGAGCUAGCCAAGGAGAACGCCGGUGCUCAGCGAAAGAAGAAGAAGCCGAGAACGUCGGGCGGCGCUAUCGGACAGCGCAGGAAGGUCGCCAGCUCCAUCCUUGACGGCACCUAUACCAUCGGCGCCAAGAACCUUGUGACACUCUGUGUCGAGACGCUUGCCAAGAACAUUGACCUGGCCGACGACCUCGGCAGCCUUCCCGAGCCGGUCAUUGACAAGAUUGCUCGAAUCCUCUCCAAGAGAAGACUGGUCAACUCGAAGACCAUCCACCUCUUCAUGCAAUCGUCCGCCCACGAGCUCAAGGUCUAUGAUGGAGGCAAGCUCAGCUCUGAUGACAUCAUGCUCAUCUUCCAGACGACUCCGAAUCUUCGCCGUUUCAAGCUCCGAAACGCUGUCCAAUUCAAGGACGAAGUCAUGGAUUUCCUGAUUUCCAGAAAUCUCAACCUCGAGAGCCUUGAUAUCCAAGGCGCCAAUUUGAUCAGCGAUUCGAAGUGGAUUGAGUACAUCAAGGCAAAGGGACGAAGUCUGCGGGCCCUCAAAAUCCACCACACGGACAUGCACGUCACUGACGACCUCUUGGACCACUUGCCUGUGUAUGCGCCCGGACUGAAGUGCCUCAAGCUCAUCGGCAAUCAGCGCGUUUCUGGCCUUGGUCUCAAGGCGCUUGCCAAGCUCAAGCAACUUGAGCAGCUCAGCCUGCGUCUCGCCACUGAAGUUCACUCUGACGUCUUUGUCGAUCUGCUCGCCGACAUCGGCCCCAACCUGAGGACCUUUUCCCUUGAGAACGUUGAGAAUGUCGACAACACUGUUCUGGACGCGGUCCAUGCUCAUUGCAGGAAGCUGAAGAAGCUCCGCAUCACCGAGAGCGCCGAGAUGACUGAUAGUGGCUUCAAGCGUCUCUUCACUGACUGGGCCAACCCGCCUCUCGAGUUCAUCGACCUGGAGAAGUGCCGCGAGCUUGAAGAGUCGCGCGAGAACACCAACAAUAUCGGUCUCUGCGAUGAAGGCUUCAUCGCCAUGAUGAACCAUUCGGCCAAGAGCCUCCGAGAGCUCAACAUCCAUGCCUGUCGGCACAUCUCGUCCGAGGCGUUCGAGCAGGUCUUCGGUCCGGAGCAAGAGAAGGUGUACCCGGAGCUCAAGAAAGCCGAGGUCAGCUUCAUCUGGAGCGUCACCGACUGGGAGGUCGCAUCCAUCUUUCGUGCGUGCCCCAACCUCAAGGAGCUCAAUGUCUUUGGCUGCAUGAAGGUCAAGGGUCAGAUCGGCGUGCCGCGUGGUCGCAUUCUCGUCGGUGUGCCUAAUGCAGAUGGCAUGAUGAUCGAGGGAGAUGAUGACAAUGUUUGA